AUGUGCCAGGUGGAAGAGUGCUGCUGGGUUGUUUAUGCCUCAAGGGAUCAUGAGGACACUUGUUGGCAAAUUAAGACCUUUUAUGACGAUCAUACAUGUCCGAGAGAGAAUUCUAAUAGGGCUGCAAACAGAGCUUGGCUGGCAAGUAAGUUGGUCAAGAAGGUUAGAAAGUACCCCAACUUCAAGCAAUGUGAGGCUGCAACAUACUUUAGGUCUAAGUGUGAUCUCAUACUGCAUAGAAAUUCAUUAGCCCGAGCCUUGGCUGAUGCAAGAAAUAUUGUCUACAGGGAUGAAAAGACCAAUCCGGGAUCCACUGUAAAGAUUGGGGUUACUCCACUGCCUGACGGCCAAGUAAUGUUUGAUAAAAUAUAUAUCUGCCUGAGUGGUUGCAAGAACGGGUUUAAAGCUGGUUGUCGACCUUUAAUCGGUCUCGAUGGUGCAUUUCUGAAGACGCAGAUUGGGGGACAGAUAUUAUCAGCUGUCGCACAAGAUGCAAAUCACCACAUUUAUGUGGUUGCUUGGGCUAUAGUCAACAUUGAAAAUAAGGAGAACUGGAAAUGGUUUUUGGAGUUACUCCACGAAGACUUAGGAGACUAUAAGGCUAACGGGUGGUGUUUCAUUUCUGAUAUGCAGAAGGGGUUGAUUUCGGCUGUGGAAGAGGUCAUGCCACAGGUCCACCAUCGUUUCUGUGUAUGGCACCUGUGGCGUAACUUUAACAAACAGUGGAAGGAUCUUGAGCUGCGGAGACUCCUUUGGGAUGCUGCAAGGUCGACCACCUUUCAAGAUUUUAUUGGCAACAUGGACAAGAUCAAAAGAGUCAGUGAAGAAGCAUGGACAUACCUUAACAAGUGGCCUAGGCAUUCAUGGACGAAGUCUCAAUUUAGCCACAGGCCAAAGCUGGAUAAUAUAUGCAAUAACGCAUGUGAGGUAUUCAAUGCAAGGAUCAAAGAGGCUAGGAGCAAGCCAAUCAUCACACUGCUUGAAGAGGUAAGGAUGUUCGUUAUGAGGUCCAUUGCAAAGAACAAGAUAAAGUUGAACAACCACAUCGGAAAACUUCCUCCAGUUAUUCAGAGCCGGUUAGAAAAGGUAAGGAAAGAGUCAAAGAACUGGGUACCUAUAUGGACUGGGGAUGAAGCCUAUGAGAAGUUUGAGGUCCAUGGACAACCAACAAACAUGGUUGUCGAUCUAGGCAAAAGACUUUGCACCUGCCAAUUAUGGAUGUUAACAGGCAUUCCCUGUGUCCAUGCCUGUGCUGCUCUUGCACGGGUGAACAAAAGACCAGAGGAUUUCUGCCACCCCUUGAAGAGAGCUGAUGAGCUUGCUGCUGCUCUUGCGGCUGCAGCAGCAGCUGUGGCAGCUUCAAAGGACAAAGUUGCUGCUACUGGAAGUACACCUGCACCUGAAGCAAGCAACAGUACCAAUCCGGCAACAUCGGCAGCUGACAUUCCACCCCCAGUGUCUGGACCGCAAGCUGAAGAGGUUGAAUUAUCCCAACCAAGCUAUGGUAGAACACAAGAUGAGGCACCACCACCACCAGCAACAAGGCCACCUAUGUUACCAACUAAAUGGAAGACCACACCACAACCAGUAACUACUUCUGUCGAUCCUAUGCAAGGAGCAAGUGCAGCCACAUCUUCAAGGUUGGCAAGGUUCAUGAAGAUGGUUCCAACACCACAGUUCAAGGCACCAAGAAAGAAAAACCCUUGA